CGCUAUUCAGGAUCGUGGAAGAUGACUGUCCACCAUUACCUGAAGACGUGUCUGACGAAUUGCUCGAUUUUCUAAAACUGUGCUUCCGCAAAUGCCCUGAAGAUCGACCGACAGCAGUAGAACUCCUAAAACAUCCAUGGAUUGUAAAGUAUGAAUCUGCUGCGCUGCGACGUUUAUCCGAUAUUGGCAUGCGAGCCAGUGCUGGAUCCUUUCCAAGGAGUCUACGACACAUAUCGCCGGCGAGCUUGAAGGAUGUGGAACCAUGGACAUCCAGGUCUACACCGCAUAAAAAACCAUCACGAUCGUCGCUUCCGGUCACGGAAUUAUUGGAUUCGUUUAAACUACCUGUUCAAGCCAAAUCAGGGUAUUCUGACCAUCGAUUUGUCAAAGGCUCAUUUCCGAAAGGUGCAGUUCGCUGUAAAGCGUGCCAAUUGCCUAUUAAAAAGGAUGCAUUGGUCUGUGAAGGUAAGCUUAACAACAAUAAAGCGUAUGCCCAAACUUCUUGUUGACGAAAAAAAAAAAAAAGAUUGCGGUCACAUCUGUCAUUCCAAGUGUAAAUCAAAUAGCGUAUGCCAUCAGAAUAUCCAUGGCGGGACUCUGGAUAAAUCCUUUUUCUCAAAGUCAACUUCGGAUCUCCCCAAAUCCAAAAUGUCCAGCAUGAUGAAAACUGAUAUGGAGGGAUCAACAACUCGCUCUUUGCAACGAUCGUCAUAUCAUCAUGAUGAUGCUGACAAAGCUAAUUUUCCUCGUCCUACAUCGUCCGUGUCGUCUCAACUCCGUCAACGAACGAGGAAGCUUUCGCGUGUAUUUACAUCGGUGGUUCAUCAACCCACUUCCACCACUUAUCCGUUGAACAAAAACCGCAGCACCGAAACACUGCAAGACAUUCAGGAGAGCGAAGUGUUUCUUCCUCCACUGUCAUCUGGAACGAGAGACGAACGUCAACGAAAAACGAAGCGAGACAAGGGCAAACCAUCCAGCCCAGAUGAAUGCAUUAUCUCUUGAAGUCUUUAGUUGUUCGUUUCAUGUGUUUUGUUGGUAGUUAUUUUUUUUUAAUACGUA